AUGUCGUGUAGCAGACACGGAUGGUACCGUGACAGCGAAGGGCGGUUGCAGCCAGUGGAAGGCGGUGAUGCGUGGAGAUGGGCGGACGGUGCAGCGUUGUGCGUGAAACAUGCCACCCGCAACCACGCUGGAGUAUGGCUCUGCAAAGCGUAUAAUGUAUUUGGCGAUGCCACAGCACAGACCCGCCUCGAUGUACACCACGAUCUUACUGUGGAUCUUCAACCAAAAGUGCUGGUAGCAGAAGUGGGUGGGGCAGCACGGUUGCGGUGUACAUCUAGUGCAACUGGUGUACCGCUGCAAUGGCUGCAUGAUGGAACUGCGUUAGCAUCGCGUGGGCCCGAUUUAGAGCUGCGAGGUCUGACAAGAGGACAACGAGGAACUUAUCAAUGUGUUGCUCGGGAUGGACUACGCAGCGCGCAGGCGGCGGCGGAAAUACGUCUUGGAGAGUCGCCACCAGAGCUCCAGUACACCUUCAUUGAGCAGGCAUUACGAGGUGGUGCUGCGGUCACCCUCCGCUGUGCUGCAGCUGCCUCGCCGCCACCACGAAUGCACUGGCUGCUUGAUGACCAACCAUUAGACCGCUAUCUCGCACGACAUGGGUACGCUAUUUAG